UUUAAAUUUCUUUUAGGUACUAAAGUAUAGAUUUUUUUUUUUUGAAAAGAGAUUUUUUUAAAAAAAAGAAUCGGCGAUUGAAAGAGACCACGAGCUGUUGUUUCGUUGAAAUCAUCGCCGGCGACUACGAUUUCCUCGUCUCCUUCUCUAAAUCUCUCCCGAUUGUUUGGCGAUUCUAGAUCGCCGAUCGCUUCAAUUGAUCGCCCGGUUGAGAUCGAGCGGAUCUGAUUGGAUAAGUUUUUUCUCCUUUUUUGGGGGGAUUUUGUGGACGGAUUUAGUAGCUAGGGUUCGAGAAUCGGGGAUUUAGGGUUCUUGAUUUGGUAGCUGAGUGGAGCUUGGAGGAUGGAGAGCUCACAGAAGAGAGGAGCGAUCCCGAUGUCUCCUUCGCAAACCCCCAAAUCGAGCGAUAAGAGUGGAAGAGAUUUCCGAUCGAAUGAUUCGAAUGGGAACUCGAAUCCGAAGUAUGAUAAAGAGAAGGGGGUUAAUGUUCAAGUUAUCCUUCGAUGCAGACCUCUGAGCGACGACGAGACGAGGGUGAAUACACCAGUGGUGAUUUCGUGUAAUGAGCAUCGCAGAGAGGUUUCCGCGCUUCAGACCAUCGCAAACAAGCAGAUCGACAGAACCUUUAUGUUCGACAAGGUAUUCGGUCCGACAUCGAAGCAAAAGGAUUUGUUCGACCAAUCCAUCUCUCCUAUAGUGAAUGAGGUUCUUGAGGGCUAUAACUGUACCAUUUUCGCCUACGGCCAAACCGGCACGGGGAAAACUUACACCAUGGAAGGAGGUGGCAGCAGAAAGAUUAAGAAUGGAGAAUUCCCAACUGAUGCUGGAGUAAUCCCGAGGGCAGUACGACUAAUCUUUGACAUUCUAGAAGCCCAAUGUGCUGAAUACAGCAUGAAAGUAACAUUUCUCGAGCUAUAUAAUGAGGAAAUUACAGACCUUUUGGCACCUGACGAAUCGAAAUUCUCCGAGGACAAGUCCAAGAAGCCUAUAGCUCUGAUGGAAGAUGGAAAAGGCGGUGUUUUUGUAAGAGGGCUUGAAGAGGAAGUUGUAUAUUCAGCAGGCGAGAUCUAUAAAAUCUUAGAUAAAGGGUCAGCGAAAAGGCGUACUGCUGAGACUUUGCUGAACAAGCAAAGCAGUCGAUCUCAUUCGAUAUUCUCAAUCACGAUUCACAUCAAGGAGUGCACUCCUGAAGGGGAGGAGAUGAUCAAGUGUGGGAAGCUUAAUCUUGUGGAUCUUGCUGGUUCGGAGAAUAUCUCACGGUCUGGUGCUAGAGAUGGCAGAGCAAGAGAAGCUGGAGAAAUAAAUAAAAGUUUGCUCACACUCGGCCGUGUUAUCAAUGCCCUUGUGGAGCACUCCUGCCAUGUUCCUUACAGAGAUAGCAAAUUGACUAGAUUACUCAGGGACUCUCUAGGAGGGAAAACAAAGACCUGCAUUAUUGCUACCGUAUCGCCUUCCAUCCACUGUUUGGAAGAAACACUGAGCACAUUAGAUUAUGCACACCGUGCAAAGAACAUCAAGAACAGGCCUGAGAUUAACCAGAAGAUGAUGAAAUCUGCUAUGAUCAAGGAUUUGUACUCUGAAAUUGACCGCCUUAAACAAGAGGUAUAUGCUGCAAGAGAGAAGAAUGGGAUAUACAUUCCAAAGGAUCGCUAUUUACAAGAGGAAGCCGAGAAAAAGGCCAUGACAGAGAAAAUUGAGCGGCUUGAACUCGAUUUGGAUACGAAGGAUAAGCAAUUGCUUGGCCUUCAAGAGCUUUACACUUCUCAACAACUGUUGAGUGCAGAAUUAGGUGACAAGCUUGCGAAGACUCAGAAAAGGCUGGAGGACACUGAGAAUGCUCUACUUGAGCUAGAAGAAAGAUAUAGACAAGCAAACAUGACGAUAAAAGAAAAGGAGUUUCUGAUUUUUAAUCUUCUUAGAUCAGAAAAAGGCCUAGUGGAGCGAGCACACCAACUCCGGUCUGAGCUAGAAAUUGCAGCUGCAGAUGUUUCUGGCUUGUUUUCCAAAAUAGAACAUAAAGACAAGAUAGAAGAUGGAAACAAGAUUCUUGUUCAGAGAUUUCAGUCUGAAUUGAAUCAGCAGCUCGAUCUGUUGCAUAGAACUGUCUCUGCUUCCGUGAUGCAACAGGAAAACCAGUUGAAAGAAAUGGAAGAAGAUAUGGAAUCUUUUGUCUCUUCAAAGUCCGAGGCUGCAGAGGAGCUGAGAGGAAGAGUUGAGAAACUGAAAGCCAUGUAUGGUUCCGGAAUCAGAUCUUUGGAUGAUUUAGCGGGUGAACUAGACAAAAAUUCUUUAUCCACAUUUGAAAAAGUGAAUUCACAAGUACAGUCACAUUCGUCAGCUGUUGAGGAUUGUUUUAGGGGAAUCGCUUUGGAAGCUGAUCAAUUACUUAAUGAACUCGAAAGCAACCUUUCUAACCAAGAAGAUAAACUCGCCCAGUUCGCACGGCAGCAGCGUGAGGGACACCUUAGAGCUGUGGAAGCAACCCGUUCUAUUUCGAAGAUCACAUCUAAUUUCUUCCACACGCUAGAUGCUCAUGCAUCCAAGCUCAGCAGUAUUUUGGAAGAAACACAAGCCUUGCAAGAUAAACAGCUUCUUGAGCUUGAGAAGAAGUUCGAGGAGUGUGCUGCUAAUGAAGAGAGACAACUGUUAGAAAAAGUGGCCGAGAUGCUGGCUAGUUCAAGUGAUAGGAAGAAAAAGCUGGUCCAAACAGCUGUUGAUGGUCUUCGAGCAAGUGCAGGUGAUAGAACAUGUAAUCUGCAAAGGGAAAUGUCUGCAGCUCGUGGUUUUACCUCAUCUGUCAAAGUACAAUGGGGAAGUUACAUGGAAGGGACUGAAAAGCUCUAUCUUGAGAAUACUGCAGCCGUUGAAAGUGGUAGAUGUGGCUUACAAGAAGGUUAUCAACAAUGCAAGGAGAAGACAAGCAUGGGUGCACAGCAGUGGAGAAAUGCUCAGAAUUGUUUGCUGAGUCUCGGAAGGAGAAAUGUGGAAUCGGUAGACUCUGUUGUUAGGAGCGGGAUGGAAGCCAAUCAAUUACUACGUGCUAGGCUAUCCUCUGCUGUCUCAACAUCUCUUGAAGAUGUUAAUACUGCAAACAGGGAUCUCCUUUCUGCCAUCGACAGUUCACUGAAGCUUGACCAUGAUGCAUGCACAAACAUUGACUCCAUGCUUGUGCCAUGCCGUGAGCAGCUAAGGGAUUUAAAAGGCGGCCAUUAUCAUAAGAUCGUAGAGAUCACCGAUAAUGCAGGGAAGUGUCUGGAAGAAGAUUAUGUGGUGGAUGAACCGACCUGUUCAACACCAAGGAGAAGGUCAAUCAAUCUACCUAGUGUAUCAUCCAUCGAAGAGCUGCGAACCCCGGCUUUUGAAGAGCUACUCAAGUCAUUCUGGGAGGCAAAGGCUGCUUCUAAGCAUGCAAAUGGCGACAUGAAGCAUUUCUCGGGGGCCUAUGAAUCUCAAUCUCAGGCCUUGAGAGACUCGCGGGUCCCUCUUACCGCCAUAAAUUGAGUACCAAGGGAGAUGAUUUCAAAAAUAAGCCGCAGCAGCUGCUUGUUAAAGCAUGUACAGAAAGAAUAUCAAGCCUGUGUAUGUAGUUUUUUUAUUUUUAGCCUAAUUCCUUAUUCCAUUUGUUUGAGGUAUUCUUGUUCGUGGGCCCAGCGAUGAAGAUCAAUUGCAUGAUGUUAUAAGUACAUGCAUGCAGAUCAAGUAUGAGUUUGCAGAUGUUUUUCAUUUGUUCGAAUAUUUCUUGUUUAAUGAUGCAUUAUUGUCUUAUGAUUCA